CGCGACGGGAAAAGCUCGCCUGGUGUGCGUGUGUGUUGGUGGCCAAAAACAUCCGUCUCCCCCACGCACCGGCACACGACCGGGCGAUCGUUCGCCGUGCAUUUUCCGCUCAAUGUUUUCGUGCUUCAGGCGUGCCGUUGCAGUAGCAGUAGAUUUUCACCGUGCCACAGCACAGCUCACGGAACAGUGCGCACGGAAGCUGUGCACACUGCCAACCGCGGCUCGCAGCCCAGCGCCCGCAAUAGACGACGGUGUGAGGCAACGUUUUGCGGCCGAACUUGCGGCCGCGGUGGAAGUGAAACUAGCGGCCAAAAAGCAAGAGGCACAGAAGCGAAUGGAAUCGCGCAAAACCAAACAGGAGGUGCAGCAGCGGUACAAUGGUGCGGUCAAGCGGCGCAAGUGGGAAGAUCCGCCCGAGGAUCCGGAGGCGGUGAAAAACUUCGAUCCCGCGUCGCGGGUCAAGCGGCGCAAGAGCAUCAUCCUGCUCGGGUACUCGGGCGUGAACUACUUCGGCAUGCAGCGCAAUCCGGGUACGAAAACGAUCGAGGAGGAUCUGCUGCGGGCGAUGCAGAAGCGGGAGUGGAUCAAUGACGAAGGGUUCCGGCAGCCGCAGCAGAUACAGUUCCAGCGAGCGGCCCGCACCGAUAAAGGCGUGUCCGCGGCCAUGCAGGUCGUGUCUAUCAAGCUGCCUGACAAUCUGGACAUCGAGGCACUUAACUCCGAGCUGCCCGAGGACAUCCGGGUGUAUGCGGUGAAGCGCGUGACGAAAGGAUUCAAUUCCAAGACGAACUGCGAUGCCCGUACCUACACGUACACACUGCCGACGAUAGCGUUCGCACCGAACGAGGAAAAGGUCGACAUUCAAACGUACCGUCUGCCCGCUGAACGGCUGGCUCGGGUCAACGAAGUGCUUGCCCUGUAUGUGGGCACGAAGAACUUUCACAACUUUACCAGCCGCAAGGAGUUUCUCGAUCCAUCUGUGAAGCGGUUCAUCAUGUCGUUCGAGUGUGAUCCACCCUUCCUGCCGGAAGGAUCAACGGCAGAGUUUGCUACGAUUAAAAUCAAAGGGCAAAGCUUCAUGCUGCAUCAGAUUCGGAAGAUGGUGGGCCUCACCAUAGCGGUCGUGCGUGGCCUCGCGGAAAGCGACAUUAUCGAGAAAGCGUUCGGCCAGGAGCGGUACGGCAUCCCGACGGCACCCGGGUUGGGGCUAGUGUUGAGCAGAAUUCACUACGACAAGUACAACAAGCGGUACGGCGAGGACGGUUGCCACGAGACGCUCGAGUUUGAGAAGGAGGAGCCAAUGAUACAGGAGUUUUUCAAGCGCCACAUCGCAUCGACCAUCGUCGAGACGGAGCUGAAGACAAACUCGAUGGUUGAGUGGCUGGAGAAGCUGCCGCUGCACAGCUACGAACCGAGGGACGAGAGUGAACCGAGCGAGUGGAAACCACGGAAUAGGAAAGCUUCCGACGAUCAGGAUGACGAUGACGAAUAAAAACAACUGGCCUUGUUAUAUUGCAUUAGGCAAACACUA